GUGACUGUUGCCCUGUGCGGCUGUGCCAUAACAUAACAUCCAGCCGCUGGUGUCGAGUAGUCUACUCAUCCUAGCUUCGAGUGUAUACACCACAAGCUAGCAGUAACAGACACAAUAAUGGAUUUCAACGUGAAGAAAUUUGCGAGCGACGCAGGAUUGUUUUUCACGCGAGCUGUCCAGUUCACAGAGGAGAAGUUGGGCCAGGCAGAGAAGACUGAGUUGGACGCUCACUUCGAGAACCUGAUGAGCCGUGCAGACUGCACCAAACACUGGACUGAGAAAAUAUAUAGACAGACUGAGGUCCUGCUGCAGCCCAACCCAAUUGAUCACACUGGUGCCAGAAUUGAGGAGUUUCUCUAUGAAAAGUUGGACAGGAAGGCACCAUGCAGAAUUACCAAUGGAGAGCUGCUGGGUCAAUAUAUGCAGGAUGCAGCAAAGGAAUUUGGCCCUGGAACUCCUUAUGGGAGUACCUUGAUGGAGGUUGGGGAUUGUGAGAGAAGAUUAGGAGCAGCAGAGCGGGAGUUCUUCCAGACUUCAGCCAUCAGCUUUCUUACCCCCCUCAGGAACUUUCUGGAAGGAGACUGGAGAACCAUUUCAAAAGAACGGCGUCUUCUGGAGAAUCUUCGCCUGGACCUGGAUGCCUGUAAAACCCGUGUGAAGAAGGCCAAGGUGGCUGAGACUAAGGCUGCGUGCGAUGGUGAAAUGGCUCCAGAUUUUCAGGAGACCAGACCCCGCAACUAUGUGCUUUCUGCCAGUGCCUCUGCGCUCUGGAGUGAGGAAGUGGAAAAAGCUGAACACGAGCUCCGAGUGGCCCAAACAGAGUUUGACCGCCAAGCAGAGGUUACACGGCUGCUUUUGGAGGGCAUCAGUAGUACGCAUGUGAACCACUUGCGCUGCCUGCAUGAGUUUGUGGAGGCCCAGGCAACUUACUAUAAGCAGUGUCAUUUCCACAUGCAAGAACUCCAGAAAGAGCUGGCCAGUUGUGAUCAGGACGUGCUUCCCAAUGCAUUUGCGCUGAACUCCACUCACUCCAUAGCUACUGCGGGCUCUGCAUCAGAGGGCAUCAGCAGCGCUGUGGAGACAGACACACUGAAGAUUGAGGAAGUUCAGGCACCAGCGACAGGAACCCGCAAGGCCAAAGUCCUUUAUGAUUACGAUGCUGCUGACUCCAGUGAGCUCUCCCUUUUAGCUGAUGAGCUCAUUACAGUUUACACAGUGCCUGGAAUGGACUCUGACUGGCUGAUUGGAGAGAGAGGAAACCAGAAAGGAAAAGUGCCUGUCACAUACCUGGAGCUUCUCAGCUAAAGAACACACACGCAUUGACACACACACACACACACACACACACACACACACACACACACACACACACACACACACACACACACACACACACACACACACACGUACGUGCAUGUGCAUGUGUGAGUACUACUGAAGCCAUGAGGAUAUUUCAUUCACUUCAUUAAAUUUCACACUCUUACACUAACCUGUAACCUUCAAUAGCACUCCUCCACAGUAAGCAUUAGCAAAGUUAAACACACACACACACACACACACUCAUUCGUGUGCCUCUCAGAACACACUGAAAUAUAAUCACAUGACACUGACCCAGUGAUAAUGGAGACAUUGUUACAAUGUGUGCAGGAAAAAUCCCUGUGGGGAAUAGUUAACAUUCCUUUUAGGUAUGUUUUGGUGGAUUAUUAUUAUUAUUAUUAUUAUUAUUAUUAUGAUGAUGAUGUUUUCUUAUUUAUUACAUAUUUAUUGUUGUACAUCCCAAUGGUUCAGGUAGACCUUUCUCACUGUCUUCAGAUGGAUUUCCAUUGAAAUAAUGUUGAUUUGUUUAAAAAGAAAAGUGUCUUUAUUGUCUCUUGAAGCUGUCCAUGGAGUUUGUCUUCAGAAGGCAGCGGUACGGAUGAAACUGGCGUGCAAUAACCACGCUUCCUAGAUUCUCAAGGGGUGAUGACAAUUCUUAUCCUUCAAUUAUGUCAGUUAGUACAGUUUAUCUCUGUAUGACAGCUACUUCUUGUCAUUGAAGAAGUGAAAACAGACACGGGAAAAAGGAUCAUUAUGACCACAUCUUGACAGAUAUGUCAUUAUGUUCUGUUGCUGUUGCAUAACUAAAAAUAACGUACAACUGCUUCAUAGUUUUGUUACAGAAAUGUGUGCUCUGUUAUUCCCCUUUCUUUCAAAACGACCUGUAUAGAUUUGCAUUUCUUGUGUUUCUUUUUUAUCCUCGAUGAAAACAUUAAAUAUGACUAACACUUGCUCAGUGAAUAACAAAAACUAUAAAACGGCAAAUAAAUUUUUACAUGGAUUUUUUUUAAUCAUUCUAUUAUCCUCAACUCUUUGGAAGCAGAUUUGCCUUAACUGCUAAAUAAAAAGAAUGUAAUUCCUGUUAUUUAAAGUGACAAUAACAUUUUGUGAACAGUUGGCUGGAACAUUACUAGCAACAGUUUAGCUCUAUUAAGUCAUGCCAUUCACUUGUUUUGAUUAGACUUUUUACCAAAUGGGCUUUUUUUUGCCUUUCACGCCUUUCCACGGCCCUGAAGAUGUCCCUUUUAAAUAUAUGAACACCUGUGCAGCAAAUAAACAUGAACACUUGCGUCCUAACUGCCUUAAGAUGAUGGGUAGGAACUGCUAAGGCCAUCUGCUGCAAACCAGAGACUGUGCUCUUCCUAACAAAAUGUCCAGAGAGCUAAUGUACACCACAUACGGCAUGCAAGACUGCAACUCCUUUUAAUCAUGUGUGCGUGUUUGUGUGAUUUUGGUUUGCCCUUAAGUGUUUUUUGAAUUUGCGACUUUCCUGUUUGUUGCUGCUUUGUUAAUACGUGAAAGUGUCUUCAGUCUUAGUGCUGCAUGUGCUACAGCUAGUAGCCUGUGUGUGUGUGUGUGUGUGUGUGUGUGUGUGUGUGUGUGUGUGUGUGUGUGUGUGUGUGUGUGUGUGUGUGUGUGUGUGUGUGUGUGUGUGUGAGAGAGAGUGUGAGAGAGAGUGUGAGAGAACUGGAUUACCAAAAUGUUUUGCACGCUUGCAAUAUGUGCUCUCUCACAUCCAGUAUGUGUGCAUGCAGCGCUCUGCCUUUAUUAUUUUAACGACCCAGUUUUUGUGAAAUGAGCACAAUGUUUGAAAAUCAUUCUUGUUGGCAGACUAAUGUAAUCCAUGGCAUGUGUGCUGCUCCCUACUCUUGUGCUCAUUUCACACAUUUUGGAAGAAUUCUUCUUUUCAGAAAUGUUUUUUUACUGAUUCUGUUGUGAUUCUGUUUACCUCAUCUUGUAUUAUAAAUAUUAUUAUUAUUAUUAUAUA